AUGAAUGAGCAAACAUCUUUUGGAAAAUUUUGGACAGAGUUUAUAGAAGAAACCAUUAGUGAUUCAGAAGAUUCAGAGUAUGUAUGUGACACGGAACUGUCAACAGAUUCACAAAUAUCGAGUGAAGAAUUAGAUGAACAAUUUUCUGAAUCUGGGAAUGAUUUAUACGAUAAUGAUGGAACUGGAUGCGAUAUUUUUAGAGCAACCAUGUCAUAUAAAAGAAUGCGAUUUUUACUCAAAUGUAUUAGAUUUGAUAAUAUAGAUGAUAGACAAGAAAGAAUACUUGUUGAUAAAUUAGCAGCUAUUCGGGAAAUAUUUGAGGAUUUUGUUGCUAAUUGCAAAACUCAUUAUAAUAUUAGUGAGUAUGCCACAGUUGAUGAGAUAAUGCUAGAUCGUUUCAGAGGAAAAUGUUCGUUUCCUCAAUACAUAAAAUCGAAACCUGAAAAAUAUGGGAUAAAAAUCUUUGUUCUUGUGGAUACUCAAACACUUUAUACAACUAAUCUUGAAAUAUACUCAGAAACACAACCGGAUGGUCCAUAUAAAGUCAGUAACGAUGCUUUUGAUGUAGUCAAACGUUUGGUUCAACCAAUUUCUGGAACUAGACGUAAUAUUACUAUGGAUGAUUGGUUCUCUUCUGUUUCUCUAGCGAAAGCGCUUUUGAAAGACAAUAAUCUGACAAUAGUGGCUACCAUUCAAAAGAACGAAAAAGAAAUACCAUCUUCUUUUGUUACUUCUGAAAGAAGAGAAUUAUAUUCAAGCAAAUUUAGAUUUUCCAAAAAUAUGACAUUGGUUUCAUAUGUUCCCAAAAAAAAAAAGACAGCUUUACUUUUAUCUACAAUGCAUUACGAUGAUGCUUUGAAUGAUGAUGAUCCUAAAAAGAUACCACAAAUUAUCGAGUUCUAUAAUCGCACGAAAGAAAGUGCAAUCAAUGCACAAAUAGUGUAUCAGACUAACAACAAAUAUAAAACGAUACGACGUUCAUUUUUGAAGCAGCUCGGGAUGGAAUUAGUACAACAGCAUUUAGAAAAUCGAUUAGAAACGUGUACUUUAUCAAGAUCAUUGAGACAACACUUCCCAGAAACGGAAUCAUCCGGAGAAAAUGAAUGA